AUGGCAGGGAAGGAGAGACGUGGAGCAGCUGCCGACGUCGCAGCUGCAGCAGCCAAAGUGCCGCCGCCACCACUCCCACUGCCGCCAAACCUUACGGUGGCACAGCUGCCUAAGCUGCUCCGCCCAACAGGCAGAUUCCAAGCAGCCAGAGGUCCGGAUACUGGGGUGCAAGCGAGCGAGGCACUUCAAGGAGCAUCUGACGAGACGAACGCGGAGGUGACGCAGCCGGUGACGGGACGUGAUGGAAAUGGUGCUGCAGGGAGCUCGCCUUCCCCAGAGGAUGCAGGUCCCACUUCGGCAUGUGGACCCGAGCAUUCGCCAGAAGCAUCUGGGAGUUCCCCCUCCACUUUGAACCGGGAGGAAGCGAAUUUCGAGCCUGACCCGCUGCAUUCCGAAGCUAUUCCAGUCGACUGCGGCGACGGUGCAGCUCUUGCACCACAGGCCGAGGCAGAGAUCCACCCUGAUGAUCAAGCUGGGCUGGGCACGACAGAUGUCGACCCCCCGCAAGAGGUGACGCCUGACCUCCGGCUUGCUGAAGCAGUUUCGCACAUUCUCAGCGAUGUAGGUGCACUCUCGACGGAGUGUAGCAGGAUGUUCAAAGACAGCUGUUCGCCAGGAGAGGCAGAGCUUCUGGAUGCCGAGCAGCUGCACAAGCUUACGCAGAUGCUCAUCGACCGGUUUGGGUGCACUUCCCCUGCCACUCUGGAUCGAAUUGGUCACGUCUACGUUGCGGCAACCUCUGGCAGACUGGAGCAAGGCUUGGCUGAGCUGGAGUUCCGGGGGUACGUCGCGGCUGUGUUGACCCAAAUACUCCAAGAUCUGGAGCGAAGAUCAUCCACGGAGGAGGAAGCAUCGGAUGGUGUUGGCGGUGAUGCAGAGCCAGACAGCGGAGGCAUGAUGGAAUCGCUGCAAGGCUGGCUGGAGCAGCUGACAUCGUCAUUUGCGUAG